AUGUUUAGAGCGCUCACGUCAAGACGUCUUUUUAGCACAAUCCGUGAUCUCAGAGCCCGUGAAAUCCUUGACUCUCGUGGAAAUCCCACCAUAGAAGUAGAAUUAUUUACAGAAACAAGCAUGUUCAGAUCUUCAGUCCCAAGUGGAGCAUCCACAGGAGUAUACGAAGCAGUAGAGCUCCGUGAUAAAGAUUUUUCAAGAUAUCUUGGCAAAGGAGUACUAAAAGCUGUUGAUAACGUGAAAUCUAUUAUAAAACCAGCAAUUUUAGGCAGAAAUGUCACAGAUCAGCAAAAUAUUGAUAAGUUCAUGGUCGAAACUUUAGAUGGGACCUCCAAUGAAUGGGGCUGGAUCAAAAAUAAGCUUGGGGCAAAUGCUAUUUUAGGUGUUUCUCUCUGCUUAGCAAGAGCAGGUGCUGCAGAUGCCGGAUUGCCUUUAUAUGCAUAUAUCGCCCAUCUUGCAGGCAAGCCAAUUGAUAAAUUUAUUCUCCCAGUCCCAUCCCUUAAUGUCAUCAACGGUGGUUCUCACGCUGGAAAUAAUCUCUCAAUGCAAGAAUUCAUGAUUCUUCCAACUGGAGCCCCUAGUUUCCGAGAAGCUCUUAGAAUCGGUGCAGAAGUUUACCAUUCCCUCAAAAAAGUAAUUAAAAAGAAAUACGGCCUUGAUGCCACUAAUGUAGGAGAUGAAGGUGGAUUUGCCCCAAACAUCCAAGAAAACGUUGAAGCUUUCAUUCUUCUAUUAGAAGCCAUCGAAAGCUCAGGCCACGCAGGAAAAGUCAAUCUCGGAAUGGAUGUGGCUGCUUCUGAAUUUUUUGUAGCUGAUCAGCUUAAAUAUGAUUUAGAUUUCAAAAACCCUAAAAAUGAUGGAAGAUAUGUCAUAAAAGGCUUUGAUCUUGCUGAUAUGUAUCUUAAAUUUGCUGAAAGAUUCCCAUUAGUCUCAAUUGAAGACCCAUUCCAUGAAGACGAUUGGAGCAAUACUAAGCUUCUGACUGAUAAAAUUGGAGAAAAAGUCCAAAUUGUAGGGGACGAUUUAUUGACAACCAAUCCUGUCAGAGUAAGAAAAGCAAUUCAGGAAAAAACAUGCAACGCUUUACUAUUAAAAUUAAACCAAAUAGGAACCUUAACUGAAUCAAUUGAAGCUUGCACGCUAGCUCAACAAGCAGGAUGGGGAGUUAUGGUAAGCCACAGAAGUGGAGAGACUGAUGACUACUUUAUUGCUGACCUGUGUGUAGGGCUUGGGACUGGACAAAUCAAGACUGGCGCUCCUUGUAGAUCAGAAAGACUUGCUAAGUACAACGAAUUGCUGAGAAUAGAAGAAGAGCUAGGGGACAGAAGCAAGUAUGCUGGCGAUAACUUUAGGAACCCUCAGCUUUAA